AUGUUUCGGAGGAGAGGGGGUAGAAGGGAAAGCACAGCUUCGUGCCCAAAUCCGUUCAAUGGUCAUGAUAUCCAAGGAACGUCUACGAAGCAGGUGUACCAGCGUGUACGAUCCAUAACAACGUUCAAUCGCCGGCGCGAUCUUAAAGGAAUUAUGAAGUUUGCGACCGCGGACGACAGCAUCCAUUCCACAUACGGAGCGACCGAAAAAGAGUCAAAAGACUCGACGGACGGCGAGUUGUCUAUCAAACGAAACAUCGAAUUCAAAGAACUACAUAUUCGCGAAUAUGCACGUACACUUGGAGAUAAUCCGUCCUGUUCAAGUGGCCCUCCCGUAUCUAUUUCGUGGGAAUUUGACCCCGAGACAAAGAUCAUUUCGGUGGACGAAUAUGAAGACACGCGACCGCCCCGCCGGACGCAUUUUGAAAUGAUUUUACCACGCGACUUACGCCAGUCUAUGCUACGCAAGGAAUGGGACAUUACCCAACUGCAAAUUGCUGCCGCCGUCCGGGCAAAUAUCAAAGCGAAGAACCAACGACGAUCGACGGUCAACAACAUUGGAAAGGCGACAAAAAUUGAAGAAAUGAUGGAAAAAGCAGGGAAGAAGGUAAGGCGAGGAUUUCUUUUGAAGAAAAGUACGACAAAGGAAAUGGAGGAGCUUGAGCAGAAGAUGCAGGAGGCAGACAUUGCACGAAAGCAGGAACAACUGGACUCCCAGAUGGCGGAUGAAUAUUCCGAAGAGGAGAGCGAGCCGCACAUGGAUCAACCUUACAGCAACGUUGACGCAUUAAGUUUUAGUUCAAAGAACCAGGAAUUUUGAAGCGUUGAAUUCAGUCGCUAUGAGAAAAACUCCGAGACAGAAGCAGCAAAAGCCAGCUCGGUUGCUUUCGAAGUUUGAUCAGUUUUUGACGACUUUGAGUUUUCUCAUCAAUCGAUU